CUUCAAAGCGACAGCCCCACCUUUGUAAUCAAACAGAUUCCUAAAGCUCUCUUGCUAUGUAACCAAACGUCUAAAAACAGCCAAUGGGAGAGGACGUUCCUUGCACGAGUCCCCUCCACCAAUCGUAGCGCUGUAAUUGACCGAUCAGCCAAUGAGAGCGAGCUUAGCUCUUUUUCCCUUCGCUGCUUAUUCCGGGUUUGUCCGAUGCUUCCUUUCCGUUUCGCUGGGGUUUCGCGGCUGGUCCGGUGCGUCCCGGGACUUGGUGGGACUUUGCAGCGGAGCACCGCCGGGCAGGGGCGCCUGAUGUGAAGCGCAGAGGCGAGGGGGCUCCGAUCUUCCCGGUUCAAGGAAGGAGCAGGGCAGGACUGAAUAGGCGACUCUUGAAGUUGACGGACUUUCUUUGCAUUAAACUCCCCGCAUUUUGCAGAACUGGGCUUUCCCUUUCGCGCUCUCACGCUUUCCUCUCCGGACUAUCGGUAGAGAGAUUCGCCGGUGAGGGACCUCGAUUUAUUUUCCCUAUGUCCGAAACUCUGGGAUCGAAAGCAGCCCGAGCUGGCUGCGUGGUCUCCGUGUCUCACUCCCAGGUCUCCAGCGGACCUUGCAGCGGCAGUGGCGUCCUCUUGAGUCAAGACCCGGGGAUUGUUCUUUGCCACGGGAUCCUCUUUUCCCCUUUCCUUCUGGAAGCCGAGCAUCCUGAUUGGUCUCGGGGCAAAGUCCUCCUCGCCGAUCACUUCUCGCCGGGCCUCCAGAUCCAGGUGCUUAGGGCAAGUGGAUGCAGCAGCAAAGCGAACCGGAAUGGUCUGGCUGGCGACCUGGGGGAAGAUAACCCAGUGUUAAGGUUCAAUCCACUUUCGAAUCGGCUUCAAUCCCCCCACGGUUGGAGGGACUGUGAAGCCGAACUCCUGAUGGUAGUCGCUUGUCCGCAGUUCCACCAGGCCUUCUCCAAAAUCUUCAGUGCUUCAGAUCAGUGGCAUUUUGGAGGGAAUGACUUUGAGCAGAAAGUCAACUCUUUGGAGCAUGAUUUGCAUUGCUUGCACUGGUUUGCUCUGCUGAGGAUCCUGGAGCCUGAUUCCUAUGGAGCAAGUUGGGUGAACUGUGUUCCAGCCAGAUCCCUCAGGAAGGGUGAUACCGUCUUUGCAUGUGGCUCUCCUUUCGGCUCAUUUUGCCCGGACAUUUUCAUGAACACCCUUAGUAAAGGGAUAGUCAGCAACCUGGCAGGAGCAAACAAUGCCCUCCUCUUGAUUGACGCUCGUUGCUUGCCUGGCACUGAAGGAGGAGGCGUCUUUGUCAUGUCAGGAAUCGGUCCUCAUCUAGUUGGAAUCAUCGUAGCACCACUUUGCUGGAAAUCCACAGAGUGGGUUGGCUUGACUCUGGUUUGUGCCAUUGACUCCAUUCUGGAGAGUGUUGCAGAGGUGCUUUCUGGGUCUGGUGGCUUCCUGAAGCCUUGGUUGCUCCCCAUGGAACUUGUGACUAGAUCGCGUAGGAUGAUGGUACUCGGAAAUGGACUGGACAGGCACCUGUUGGAUGCUGUGGUUCUGAUAGAAUGUGGGUGAGCCUGGGGGUCUGGGGUGAUGAUAAAUUCAAGGCUGUUGUUAACCUGUCGGCAUGUGGUCGGUCGAGCACCAAAUGUCCGUAUCAGGUUUUUAACUAAUCCUAAUAGGGAUUCUGCAGUGAAAGGAAAUGUAAUGUUUGCAACAAAGGACUCUUCUCCUUACGAUAUCGCAUUGGUGGAGUUGGAAGAAAGUUUAUCCAGAUUGCCAGAGCUUGUUCUAGCAUCAACGUUUCAUCCAGGAGAAGAUGUGAGUAUGGUGAGCUUUGGUGUCUUCGGUCAGGCCUGUGGACCGUCUGUGACAUCGGGAAUCCUCUCGGCUGUGAUCACUGUGGAAGAUAAGCCGGUGAUGCUCCAGGCAACCAGUGCGGUUCACAGCGGCUCAAGUGGAGGCGCCCUUUUUGGCACUCACAGUGGGAAACUUCUAGGAAUUGUUGCCAGCAACACAAAGGAUAACAGCGUCGGUGUGACCUACCCUCACCUAAACUUCAGCAUUCCCAUUACAGUCCUGCAGUCAGCCAUCUCGGAAUAUAUCCACACCGGAAGCCUGCAUGGCUUUCAAGAACUGGACAGAGUAGGAGAAAGAAUUCAGGUGGUCUGGAGGCUUCAAAGGGAACCCUUGGAGAUCCCACUCAGCAAACUAUGAGAAUUUCCAUUGAAGAAGAGCAGAAGAGUAUUGGCUUCAUAGGUCAUAGGUCCAGACUACCCGUUGAAUAGUCUCAUCCUGCUAGACAAGCCCCGCCCCACGUGUGCUGGCAGAGAGGGCCUACCGCGGAUCCUGUCAGUCAAAGAACUCUAUUGGGAUCUAGAAGAAAAGUCUUCUCUGCUGCAGUGCUCGCCCUUUGGAAUAUCUUAUGCUCCAAAGUGAGGUCUACCUCCACCCUCCUAUGCUUCCCUAAGAGCUUGAAGACCUGGCUCUGCCAUUUGGCCUGGUGACCAGAUGGGGAAGUUCCACAAUCUAGCAGAUGGCUGCUAGAUUAAUGGCAAAUCCCACCUCCCAGCUUGCUCCCUGCUUCCCCAACUACCCACUUUUAUUCUCACAUCGCUGUGUCAUUGUUUCCCUUUUCAUUCUUUAUUCUAAUGUUCCACUACUUUGCUUAUUGUUGUUUGCACUUCUUUUCAUUUCUCUGUUUUUAUUGUUGUAAGCCAUUCUAGAACAGUCCCUCGGCAAGAUAGGCAACAUGUAAAUCUAACAAAUAAUAAAAUACAGUACAUACUGGGCUAAAGUGCUUCUAGUUCUACUGUAAACAACUCAAUUUAUGGAACUGACCCCAAAUUAAGAGGUUGUACAAACAAAAAGGAGUUUCAUUUGUUUCAGUAGCUUUAUUGGCCAGGCAUUUCAUUUGAUUUCACUUAGCAUUCUUGUCCUAAUUUGCCAUUAUAGUUGGUCCUUAACUUACAACCAAAAUAGGAAUCAAACAUCUAUCUCUAAGCAAGAUGGCCAUUAAGUGAGUCGCACACAGUUUUACAACUGUUUUUGCCAUGGUUAAGUAAAUCACUGUGGUUAUUAAGUGGAUCACAGAGUUGUUAAGCAAAUCUAGCUUCCCCUGUUGAGUUUGGAGCCAAGCAGCUGAAUUUUGAUCACUUGACCGCAGAAAGGCCGCAAUGGUUAUAAAUGCAAGAUUGGUUGUAAGUCACUUUUUUCAGCACCAUUGUAACUUUGAAUGAUUGCUAAAUGAAUAGUCAUACGUCAAGGAUUACCUGUAUUUCCCUGACAGUGUCUAUCUUGGUCAAGCACCCUGCUUAUACUUGUUAUGUACUGCGUUUUUCCAUUACGCCUGGAAGUCUGUUUUAGAAUGUCUUCCUUCAAUUCUUUGCAAAAGCUCAUUUUUCUGUUAUCCCAUUCCAUAUAUAGCUUAUGCUUUACCUUUGGCUUCCCAUUGUCUUCCUGAAUAGUUGAAAUGUGGGUUAAUUCUUGGAAGAACAGAUCUUUCUUCUUCUUCGUUAUGGUGCUGUAUAAAUAAAUAACAGAGAGUGCUUUAUCUUUUGUACUGAAUAAUGCACUUAGUACCUUUCUUUGGCCACUGGAUAUUUAACUAAUCACCAUUUUAAAUACUGACCAAUUUCUCUUUUGCUUGGUUUGUUGAGCAUUUUCUGAAAAAUAAAAAACUUCAAAUAUC